CUACUAAAAAUUAACAAGUUCAAAAGAGUGUUUGGAGUUGUGUUAGAACUCAUUAUAUUGUAUUCAUUUUCUUUAAUUUCUUUAAUACGAUCGGAGAGUUUUUAUCACAACCCGUAAUCAUCCAAGAACUAAAGCAUCAUAUUGCAUACAAAAAGUGCACUGCGAUUCGACGAAACAGUGUCGCUUUCUUGUUCAUCGAGUGUAUUCACUGACCAAUUCUCGUUAAUUUCUGGUCUGAUUCUGCGAAAGUGUGAUUGAACAUUGGAGAUCGACAUAGGAAGACGAAGAGCUAUGGAUUCUUCUUCUUCUUCUUCUCAUAUGGCUUCGCUUCCAGAAAAUGCGACGGAGGAGCAUUCACAACAGCAAACUCAACCCGAUUCUGCUUUCGCUUCCGUUCCUCAACGCCCACCGACUAAGAGCUCUUCAGAAAAAAACGCGCCUCUAGAUUGGUCCCAGUAUUUUGACAAAGAAGACGAUGUUGCGAUUCCCGCAUCUAACGAUGUGUUUCAUAUUUAUACGGCAGGAACUGAAGGUCCCGUUGUAUUCUGUUUACACGGGGGUGGUUAUUCCGGGCUUUCGUUUGCUGUCUCAGCAAGUAAAAUUAAGGAGAAAGCUAGGGUAGUGGCUAUGGACUUGAGAGGCCAUGGGAAAUCAUCAACAGAAAAUGAUAUUGACUUAUCUGUUGAGACUAUGUGCAACGAUGUAUUUGCUGUUAUAAAGGAAUUAUAUGGCAACUAUCCUCCAACAAUGAUUCUUAUUGGUCACAGCAUGGGAGGAUCAAUUGUUGUGCAUGUUGCUGCAAGAAAAUCAUUGUCCACCUUGGCUGGGUUGGUUGUCGUGGAUGUUGUAGAGGGAACAACUAUGACUUCACUCAUUCAUAUGCAGAAAAUUCUAUCAAACAGGAUGCAACAUUUUUCAAGCAUUGAAAAAGCUAUUGAAUGGAGUGUCAGGGCGGGGUCUGUAAGAAAUAUUGAUUCUGCUCGUGUAUCCAUCCCUCCCACAUUAAAAUAUGAUGAGUCAAAGAAAUGUUAUCUUUACCGGACUGAGCUGGAAAAGACUGAACAAUAUUGGAAAGGCUGGUAUGAAGGACUCUCUGAUAAUGUGUCCAAAAACUAUGUCGUGACUGUUUAUUUAAAUACCUUACAAUGAAUUUGUCCAAAAACUAUGUCGUGAGUUACAUGUUUCUUGUGUAUGGGUUGCAAGCUGCUGCUGCUGAAGAACUUCCACCAAUUUUUGUUGUCAAGUAUCAAGUGCAAAUUUAUUGAAAGAAAUGAAAUAUUGUUUGUCUUCCUAGGGGAGAACAGAGUGGGGCCCACCAUUCAUGUUGGAUAGUAUAUUUAUUUAAAUACCUUACAAUUAAUUUGUCCAAAAACUAUGUCCUGGGUUACAUGUUUCUUGUGUAUGGGUUGCAAGCUGCUGCUGCUGAAGAACUUCCACCAAUUUUUGUUGUCAUGUAUCAAGUGCAAAUUUAUUGAAAGAAAUGAAAUAUUGUUUGUCUUCCUAGGGGGGAACAGAGUGGGGCCCACCAUUCAUGUUGGAUAGUAUAUUUAUUUAAAUACCUUGCAAUUAAUUUGUCCAAAAA